CAUAUGAAAAAAAAUAUAAUGCCACCACCACGUUUACACCUCCUCCUCCUUACCAUUCUCCUCUUUGCCGCCUUCCUCCGCCACGCUGCCGCCGCAGACAGCAACGACAACGAUGCCGACGACGUAAAAAACCUUGUUUUCGAGAACCAAAGUCUUAGAAAAGCCUACAUUGCUCUACAAGCAUGGAAAACCGCAAUCUUUUCUGACCCAUUUAACUUCACAUCAAAUUGGACCGGUCCAGCGGUUUGCUCUUACCCAGGAGUGUUUUGUGCUCCCUCACCAUUCAACGUCUCGAACCGAGUAGUCGCUGGGAUCGAUCUCAACCAUGCUGAUAUCGCAGGUUACCUCCCAGAAGAGCUUGGUCUUUUGACUGACCUUGCACUCUUCCACAUUAACUCGAACCGGUUUUGUGGGACCGUCCCAAAAACUUUCAAAAAACUAAAGCUUUUACAUGAGCUUGAUAUAAGCAACAACCGGUUCGUUGGACCGUUCCCAAAUGUUGUUUUAUCUCUUCCGGUUUUAAAAUUUUUAGACCUCCGGUUCAAUGAGUUUGAAGGGUCUGUUCCAUUUCAACUUUUUGAUAAAGAUCUUGACGCGGUUUUCUUGAAUGACAACCGGUUCAAGUUCGGUAUUCCACCAAAUUUGGGCAAAUCACCGGUUUCGGUUCUUGUAUUGGCUAAUAAUAAUCUGGGUGGCUGUCUUCCUGCAAGUAUUGGUCAAAUGGGGUCAACAUUGAAUGAAAUUAUUCUUAUGAAUGAUAAUUUGACAAGCUGUUUGCCGGUUCAAAUUGGGGCUCUUAAAAAAGUGACGGUUUUCGACGUCAGUUUUAAUAGUCUUCAAGGACCAUUACCUGCAGCUAUAGCUGGGAUGAGAAGUGUGGAGGAACUUAAUGUCGCGCAUAAUAAACUGACCGGAGUCGUGCCAGAUAGUAUUUGUAAGUUGCCCAAGUUGCAAAACUUUACAUUUUCGUAUAAUUAUUUCACCGGUGAAGCGCCAUCCUGUGUGGCGGUUCAAGGUGGUGGCAAGUUGUUUGAUGAUGAGAAGAAUUGUAUUGUUGGAAAAUCGGGUCAACGGUCUGGUAGGGAAUGUGCUUCAAGCGAUGCACGCCCGGUUGAUUGUAGUAAGAUGGGGUGUGGUACGGUCGCACCUGUGGCCUCGCCACCACGGUCUAAGUCGAAGUCAGAAUCUAGAAGGAGGGCUGGUUCUCCAAAACCACCCGCUCCUAAAGCGGCUACGUCGCCCAGGCAGCGUGUUAGGGCUAGCCCACCGCCUCCUGUUUUUGAGUCAUCACCGGUUAUGAGAUCACAUCCGCCACCACAAGAGGUUAAACCUCGAGUUAUACCACCACCACCACCAGUUUGGGAAAUAUCGCCAAGUGAACGACACGCACCACCACCACCAGUUUGGGAAAUUUCGCCAAGUGAGCGACACAGGCCACCACCACCUUCGCCUCCCAUGUUUGAGACUUCACCUGUGACCCGUGUAGCACCACCACCACCGUCACCUCCACCACCAUCACCGUCACCGCCACCACCGUCACCACCUCCACCAUCACCACCACCACCAUCGCCACCUCCACCACCCUCACCAUCACCCCCGCCCCCUCCUUCACCAUCGCCACCACCACCAUAUUACUCAUCACCACCUCCGCCACCUUCACCAUCUCCACCACCUCCACCAUCACCAUCACCACCACCUCCGCCAUCACCAUCUCCACCACCACCUUAUUAUGCAUCUCCGCCGCCGCCCCCACCAUCGCCAUCACCACCACCUCCACCAACCCCAUCACCACCACUCCCAUGCUCACCACCACCACCACCUCCUCCUCCUCAGUCACCGCCACCACACUACUCCUCCCCACCCCCACCACAUUACUCAUCACCACCACCACCACCACUGCAGUCAUCACCACCUCCUCCACCAGCAUACUACUACUCAUCCCCACCACCGCCACACUAUUCUUCACCGCCACCACCACCACACUAUUCAUCGCCGCCGCCACCACCACCACACUACUCAUCGCCACCACCGCCACCACAACAUUACUCAUCACCACCAACAGCUGACUGCCCUCCAGCAUCCCCACCGCCACCACCUCCAAAACCAUGUGAAACCCCCACUCAAUCACCACCACCACCACCACCACAACAAUGGCACCAUCAACCACCACUAACUCAAUCUCCACCACCAUCACCCAAAUAUCACCACUACACAUCACCACCACCCCAUAAACAAACGCACCUAUCUUCGCCACCACCAUCACCAUCAUUCGAUGACAUUCCUCUUCCACCCGUCUUCGGAGUUUCCUACCCCUCUCCACCACCACCUGCAAUCCCCUAUUACUAAUCCCAAUUCCAUACAUAUAUAAAUACACACAUUAUAUACAAACACAUUUAACAUCCACCAUUAAUCUUCCUUCCUUCAAAUCCAAGGAAAACAUAUAUGCAGGGAGAGAUAACCAUUCUGUCUGAAGAUGGGGCUUUUGCUUAAUUUGUUUGUGAAAAUUGAUCACAGAUUUCAUUGUAAUUGUUCAAAUAUUAUACCUUCUUUUUUUGCCUUCAUGUAUAAUUUGAGUUGUGAAAAUAGGGAAUUUAGAAUA